AUGGAUGAACGCGAGUUCGAAUAUGCCAAUGAAGGCAUCAUUGACAUCAAUCGUGAACACGCUGGCUCAACAAAGAUGGCAUAUUUCAAUAUUGUAUGUGUUGUUGCUGGUACUGGUACUCUCGGUCUUCCUGUUGCUUUAAAGCAAGGUGGUUGGAUCGGUCUUUUCAUCCUCUUCUUGUCUUGGAGUAUGUCAGUCUAUACCGGUAUCAUUUUAAUCCGCUGUCUUUAUGCCAAUGGUAAAGCUCGUUUGACUACUUACAAAGAAGUUGCUACCACAGCUUUUGGUCCUAUUGGUGGUUGGGUCACAUUCUUUUUUAAUGCUUGGAUUCUUUUGGGUGCCCCUGUUCUUUAUAUGGUCCUUGCUGGUACUAAUUUGAAUCAGCUUUGUGAAGGCACUGCUGGUGAAAUUGGUCACGUUCCUUGGACUAUCAUUUGUUGCGUUAUUGUUGCCAUUCCCUUCAUUUUGGUAAAGACUAUGAAAGAAGUUGCAUGGAUGAGUGCUUUUGGUGCUCUUGCUACCGUUGUUGUUGUUCUUAUUGUCUUAGUUAUGGCUGCCAUCGAUAAACCCAAUCAAAUCGAUGUUCAACACAACUCUGUCGUCUGGGAUAUGUUCCCUAUUGCUUUAAGUACUAUCUCCUUCAGUUUCGGUGGUAAUGUCGUUUAUCCUCAUGUUGAAGCCUCUAUGAAAAAUCCUCGCGACUGGCCUAAGGCUGUUGGUGCUGGUCUCAGUACUUGUGCUGCCAUGUACUUUGUCACUGCUAUCUCUGGUUAUUUGGUCUAUGGUCAAAGAGUCUUAAGUCCUAUUUACGAUUCUAUCCCUCCUAAUGCCGCUCAAGUGGUUGCUAUUGUCGUGAUCACUCUUCACGUAUUAAUGGCCGCUCCUAUCUUGACUACAUCCUUCUCUCUCGAUAUCGAAGAAAUGUGCAAUAUUACUGUCGAAAGAUAUGGCAAAGUUAAGGAGUUCAUUAUUCGUGCUUGUAUCAGAAUUGCCACUAUUGUUGUAAUUGGUGUUAUUGCAUGUGUCGUUCCUCAUUUCGGUGAAUUAAUGUCUCUUAUCGGUUCUUUUGCCAAUUGUGCCUUGAUCUUUAUUUUCCCUGUUGUCUUUUAUUUGAAGCUUACGGGUGUACGUAACAAGCCUUUUUACGAACUUGCCUGGUGUUUCCUUGUUGUUCUUCUUGGCCUUGUUGGUUUGGUCUUUGGUACCAUCGAAUCCAUCAAGGAAUUAAUCGUCGCCUAUGGAAGCUAAAAUCUCUCAAGAAAAAAAAAGAUUCCCCACUACUUUGUAAAUACCUAAACCUUGUACUUUUAAUAAUCACCCUUAAUAUUAUAAUAAAAUUUUUAUUCUUACCUUAAAAUCAAAAA